AUGCCAGCUGGUGUGAUAUUAAGCAGCAUAGUGUCUCUUGCAAGAGCACUUUAUAUUGGAACACUCCUCAUGCUCACCUCCCCUGCUUGGUUCUUUGCACUCAGCAAAGUUACGAGCGGUAAGUGUACAGCGCGAACACUUACGGCGAUAUAUGUGGGGUUCAUGGCCUCUGUCGUAGUCACAUAUCUGAUAAUGGAAUUGAUUUUUAGAAUAUGUUUAAGAUUUGAAAAUCCACUACGCUCACUGGACAGAGUUAUCGGUGUCACCCUGAUCAACCUAGCACUAUAUGCUUUGAUUGGAGUCGGCCUGAUGGUUAAAUUCCACGUCUACUAUCGUCGUGUCGAAGUUGCGCUAAUUUUUAUUGCUUCUAUAGUGCCUGCGGUCAAUGGUUGCCUCCGCAUUGCAAAGAACGUCUUCAACGAUCAGACCUGCAUGAUAAUACAGGGUAUUGAGGCGCUCAUAUACAUUCUCAUACUCUUCACCAAAGCCUCAAUGUCUUUGGAAUGGGAAGUGUCACAGGUCCAAAACCAAACGACCGAAGCUUCAGACAUAGAGGAGGCUAUGAAAGGGAGAAGCAGCAAAGACACUGUCUUCCUCCCCUGGAACGUAAAUAGUUCCCAAACGCUGGCACGUGCAAAAUCAGCGAAUUCAUCGCAACAUAUAUACAAAUCAGAUGGCUGCAAGAGUGUUUAUGAUAUAAGUACACCUACAAGCAGCAACAUGGACCCGUUUGAGUACGAUUUCACGACGAGCGUCAGUAUGCGCAAAGAUAGCUCCAAAGUACAGACAGGAACUAUCAAAAACGAUCGUAAAUAUUCAAUCAAAGCGCCUAGGAACAUUAAAGGUAACAAUAUACCUUUAGCUGUUUGGGUUACUCAAGCAGAUUCUAAAGAAGAUUUCUAA